AUGCUUAAAAAGAAGACUCUGGCGCCGUCCCUCUUCUUUCGGAGCCAUACGCCAUCAACAACCCCCGAAUUAUCCCCCACUUCUUCAGACAGCGAUUCUGAAGAGGACAUGGAAUCCUCUGGCUCCCGACCGGUCAGCCUGGUGGGAGCCUUUUCAAUGCGCCCAACCCUCGAUGAGGUCCUGGCCAACGUUGCUCCACCUCCAUACACCCUCAGUGCCUUCAUGGCUUACCUCUCCCAAAACCACUGUUUGGAAACCCUGGAGUUCACAUUGGAGGCCAACCGAUACCGUGAAUCCUACUAUGCCAUCAUCGACCGCUCGGGACCAAAUGCCCUUGCUGCAGAAUCCUCCGAAAGUCAACACAUGCGCAUGCUCUGGCAGCGUUUAUUAGCAGCCUAUAUCUUCCCGGGCUCGCCUCGUGAAAUCAACCUCUCCAGCGAGGUCCGCGAUGCCCUCCUACAAUACUCAAACGUCUCUGCCCCACCCAACCCCGAGAUCCUCGAUUCCGCAGUCAAGCGCAUCCACGAUCUCAUGGAAGAAUCCAUCUUUCUCCCCUUCAUCAACUCCCACACUACUUCUCCAUCAAUGGUGCCCUCCGAACCCCUCAUGGCCCCAGACGACAUCCUCAAUCUCUCUUCUUCGACAUUAGACGAACACCCCAUGAAACGGGUCCGGUCGCGUGUCUCAAAGCGCAUAUCCCCACAAUCCUCUCUCAAGGACUUGCCCGCUACUGGCCACAGUCGCUCGACCAUGUCCCUCGGCGUCCACGCUAUCGGGAAACGCGCAUCCGGCGCUCUCCUCAGCACCUCCACCGAGUCGGCUUCCCUGACUGAUGACUCGUCACCUCAGUCAAGUCCCACGGCCGAGGAACCAAUGACGCCCCCUACUACGCCGCCGGCGAGUGAACAACAUCUACCCAUACAGAGCCCGAAGCUUCGCACCGAGAACACUUGGAAGAAGAUGGGCAUGAAGCUGGGGUUCAAGAAGCGGUCUACUACUGGUAGUGGGGCAUCGCGGGAUCCCAAGAUCCUUGGUUUGGACGAAUAA